AUUUUCUGUUAGCUUCAAAAUACCCCCGAACAAGUAUGAAGUCGAGAAAUCCAAAAGCUCCAAAGUUAGAGGUAGCUUUGCCAGCUCCUAAACCAACGAGUUGGGAGAGGAAUCUUCCUUGCACGUCACCACCUUGUCCUUCAUCUAUAAUCAUGGGAAUAGAAGGAAUCUGCCCAACAACAACUGUGUAUAAGAGACCAUAUGCUUCCAUCCUCAUCUCAUCCAUCUCCCUUCGUCCUUCUCUUCAGCCUUUCAUGACCAAAGAUCCACAAGUCACUACUUUUCCAACCAUGGGAAACCGCGGUCUCGCCCCCUCUACCAGUGUCUCCCAAAGAAAAGUUCUGCCCGUCGAGUCUUCCUUCAAGCUCCCAUCUCCACUACCAUCUUGGCCAUCAGGUGGCGGAUUUGCCAAAGGAGUCAUAGACCUCGGAGGUCUAGAGGUCUGCCAAGUGUCUUCCUUCACCAAGGUGUGGGCUAGCCAUGAAGGAGGCGAAGACGACAGUGGUGCCACCUUCUUCGAUCCUUCGCCAAUCCCCUCUGGCUUCUCCUUGCUGGGCUCCUACGCCCAAUCCAACAGCCGGCCUCUCUUCGGCUGGGUCCUCGUUGCGAGGGACACCACCAACGGAGGCAACCUCGCGAAGCCCGUGGACUACACGCUCGUGUGGAGCAGCGAGUCAUCCAACCUCAAGCGAGACGGCAAUGGCUACUUCUGGCUCCCGACACCCCCCGAAGGCUACAAAGCCCUCGGCCUCCUCGUCACGAGCUCCUCGAAGAAGCCGUCCCUCGACCGAGUCAGGUGCGUCCGGGCCGACCUCACGGACCAGUGCGAGAACGACGCAUCCAUAUGGGAUAAGGAUGGGUUGAGCGUCCAUGGUCUGAGGCCGGCCACCAGGGGGGUCCAAGCCCUUGGUGUGUGGGUCGGCACGUUCUUAGGCCAAGCCAAUGGGUCCCCCAGCUCUUCCGACAUAGCUUGUCUAAAGAACAAGGCCUCCAGCUUCACCUCCAUGCCUAACCUCAGCCAGAUCCAGGCCAUAAUGCAAGCGUACUCGCCGGUGAUCUGCUUCCACCCUGAUGAGAAGUAUCUCCCCUCCUCCGUGAGCUGGUACUUCGACAGCGGCGCGCUGCUUUACGCAAAGGGGAACCCAAAUCCCACCCCCAUCACGUCCGACGGUUCGAACCUCCCACAGGGAUGCUCCAACGAUGGCGGGUAUUGGAUAGACCUUCCGGUCGAUGAGGGAAAGAAGGAGAAGGUUAAGAAAGGCGAUAUCCCCACCUCGAAGGUCUAUCUCCAUGUCAAGCCAAUGCUCGGCGCCACAUUCACCGAUAUUGCCAUCUGGAUCUUUUAUCCUUUCAACGGGCCUGCAAAGGCUAAGGUGGGGUUAAUUAACCGCUCAUUAGGGAGGAUAGGGGGGCAUGUGGGUGAUUGGGAGCAUGUUACCUUAAGGGUGAGCAAUUUUAAUGGAGAACUAUGGAGGGUCUACCUCUCAGAACACAGCAGUGGAACUUGGGUGGAUGCCUCGCAGCUGGAGUUCCAAGGAGGGAACAAGCCUGUGGCCUACUCUUCAUUGCAUGGCCAUGCUAAUUACUCCAAGCCAGGACUAGUCCUGCAAGGGAACUCCAAGUUGGGGGUCGGCAUUAGGAAUGACACUGCGAGAGGGAAGAAUAGCAUAGACACUGGGGAGAGGUUUGAGGUUGCGGCGGCCGAGUACUUGGGCUCCGCCAUUGUUGAGCCGCCAUGGCUGAACUAUGAGAGGGAAUGGGGGCCGAAGAUAACCUACGACAUCGGGAAGGCGAUUGAUAAGGUGGUGAAGCGGCUCCCUGGGGGUCUCAAGACCGCAUUGAAGAAGGUGGUGGAAAGCCUUCCUGAUGAAGUGCUAGGGGAGGAAGGGCCUACUGGACCGAAGAUGAAGAGAGAGUGGUCCAUGGAUGAACGUUAAUUAGGAAUAUUGUACUCCAUUAAUGUGUUCCAUUGUCGUUACUGUAAUCUCCACGCUUUCUUCUUUCUAACUUUAUAGUUCUAGGAUCGUUACAAUUGUCUCAGAUUGUCUGUAGAUCUUUUUAGGUUUCUAGUCAAAGAAAACAAAUAAAGAAUCAAUAAUUUUAUUAC